AGUCUGAGUAGUGCAUUUUCCUUAGUAAUUUCCCUUCAGACGUUUGGAAAACGUCCACUACUUAAGUUUCUCUCACUCUUUCCACUUCGGUCAACCAUUGUUUGUUUACUUCUCACACCUCCUUCCUUCCAAAGCCACCAUUCUCCCUUCUUCCAUUUUUUGUUUCUCUUUUCUCACUGCCCAAUUCUCUCUUUCCCAAUAUAUCUGCAGCCUUUGUAUUCAAGUUCUGAGGCUUUGUUUCCAUGUUUUUCCUUCAUGGGGUGCUGAUAUUUCUCCGUUUUUUGCAUCAUGGGUUUUUCCCUCAAAAUGGAUUCUUUUGAGAUGAUGAGUUGGUGAGUACUGUGGUAUUUAUUUUGGGUUUUGGCUUCAAUUUGGACUGCAUGAAAUGGCUUCUCUUGUGAGAAAGUUAAGGCCUUCUUCUGUGCCUACUGUUACUGUGGAAACUGAAGAUAGCUUAAGCAGCUAUGAGUACUCCCUUGCUGUGGUGUAUAAUGGCCCUCCUCUCAGUUACUCCAUUCCUGAAAUCCCUGCUUUCAAAAUUGACCAAAUCCCAAUUGCAACCAUUGCUUCUCUCUCUCAUGAUGACGUCUCAGUCCCAGUUAUCCAACCUCUUGGCAAAAGUCUUCACAAAAGGAAGCAGAAUCACUGGGUGACAGAUUCUGUUGUCCUUUCAAGCUUGGACUCUUGUGCAGUAGAUUCACCACCAGCACCAGACGGUGUUGAUGGUGAUAUGCACAAGAGUAGUCCAGACACUUUGGAAUUUCCUGAUGAUAGAGAUGGCACUUUUCUUCACACAACUUCUGACACCACAGAAUCAGGUCCAGGUUCGGUUACAACCUCUCUAUUUGCCCCUUCUGAUGAGAUUUGUUCCUUCAGAGAGGAAGAGCAAACACCAAGUCCAACUCCAAAGCAUGUGAAGCGUGUUUCUGCGGUGACCUUCUGUGAUCCUGAGUCAAACUACAUGGUGGAGACAGAUAGUGAUGAGUUUGGUGACUCUCAGGUUGAGAGUGUUCCAGUGAUGGAACGUGCUGUGAGGCCUGGGAAGAAGGGUUCUUGCUAUAGGUGCCUCAAGGGGAACCGUCUUACGCCAAAGGAGGUUUGCAUUGUUUGUAGUGCAAAGUAUUGUCGCAGCUGUGUGGUGAGGGCUAUGGGGUCCAUGCCAGAGGGAAGAAAAUGUGUGACUUGCAUUGGCUACAGAAUUUAUGAGAGAAAUAGAAGCAAGCUGGGGAAGUGUUCUCGUAUGAUGAAAUUGUUGCUGUCUGAGUUGACUGUGACUCAAGUCAUGGAUGAUGAAAGGUCUUGUGAAGCAAAUCAAAUACCACCGGAGCUUGUUUGUGUCAACUUGCAACCUCUGAAUAGGGAACAGCUUAAAUUGCUCCUCAACUGUCGAAACCCACCAAAACAACUGAAGCCAGGAUCCUAUUGGUAUGAUAAAGCAUCUGGAUUUUGGGGAAAGGAUGGCCAACCGCCUAGCCAGAUAAUCAGCCCCCAGCUUGAUGUUGGGGGUCGCCUGCACAAAAAUGCAAGCAAUGGAAACACUAAUGUGAUUAUAAAUGAUCGCGAGAUUACGCAAAAAGAGCGAUUGAUACUGCAGUUGGCUGGAGUGCCGUGUGAGGGAACACCUAACUUUUGGGUGAAUGCUGAUGGAUCAUACAGGGAAGAGGGGCAGAGGAAUGAUAGGGGCUGUAUAUGGGAUAAGCGUGUAGCAAGGUUGGCUUGUGCAAUUUUGUCUUUGCCAGUCCCUUCAAAGUCUGUAGCUCUUUCUUGUGAAGGUGAAACAGCUAACACAGACAGCGUUCAUCGAAAAAUACUUCACAAAUUUCUCCUUGUUGGUUCUGUCAAUUCUGGUGCAUGUACUAUAUUUAAACAGGCCAAGCUUCUGUAUAAUGAUCCUUUCUCUGAAAAUGAGCUCCAAAAUAUCAAGUCGGUGAUCCAAAGUAACCUGUUUACCUACCUUGGUAUACUGCUGGAGGGACGUGCACAUUUCGAAGAAGAGAGUUUGUUGGAGAAUAGGAAAAGAAGGUCUGUUGAUGAAUCUACAUCAUCAGGGAAUAUCGGCAGUGAUGAUGUUGAAACAACACUCUAUUCCAUUGGCUCACGAUUGAAAGCUUUCUCAGAUUGGCUACUCAAAUACAUGGUGUCAGGUAACCUGGAUACAAUAUUUCCAGCUGCUACACGUGAAUAUGGACCAAUGGUGGAGGGUUUGUGGAAGGAUAAAGCCAUUCAAGCAACAUAUGAUAGGCGAAAUGAACUAAAAAUGCUACCCAGAAGUGCAAACUAUUUUCUGGAUCGUGCUGUUGAAAUUUCCAAGACUGACUAUGAGCCAUCUGAUACGGACAUCUUGUACGCUGAGGGUAUAUCGUUAUCCAACAGCCUCACUUCAAUGGAAUUUUGUUUUCCCAAGUCAAACAGUGAGGAUUCUUUGUUUCCUGAGUAUCAACAUGAAUCUUCUCUCAGAUACCAACUGAUCAGAGUACAUCCUAAAAGCCUUGGAGAAAACUGCAAGUGGUUGGAGAUGUUUGAAGAGACCGAUGUUGUAAUGUUCUCAGUUGCCUUAUCUGACUAUGAUGAGUACACUACAGACAGUAAAGGAGUUUCUACCAACAAAAUGUUGGUAGCUAAGAAUCUCUUUGAAAACAUAAUUUCUCAUCGAAGCUUCCAUAACAAAAAAUUUCUCCUAGUAUUGACUAAAUUUGAUCUGCUUGAGGAGAAGAUUGAACACAUUCCUCUAGCACAAUGUGAAUGGUUUAGCGACUUCCAACCAUUUAUCAGUCCCAAUCAGAAGAAAGGCUGUAGCAAUGGCAAUAAUAACUCUUCAUUAGCACAAUGUGCUUUUCAAUACAUUGCUGUCAAGUUUAAGAGAUUGUUCCUUUCCAUCACUGGCCGAAUUCUCUUUGUUUCACUGGUUAAUGGAUUGGAACCUGAUACUAUUGAUGAAGCUCUCAGAUAUGGAAGGGAGGUUAUGGAGUGGGAAAAAUGGGAUCCCUCUAUUGUAACUGAUCCAAAGUCCGAGAAUACUUCAACAAGCAUUGAUGAGCAAAGUUACUUAUGUUAAUUUGUAUGGUUUAAUUACUUAUUUGAUUUUUAUAGUUACAAACUUUUUCUUUUAGUCUUUAUACUUAAAAACAUCCUUUAUUAGUCUCUAUACAUACAAUGUUUGAUAUCUUUUAGUUCUCAUGAACUAAAAGGAAUUAAAAAUGAUAUAUGUAGGGGUCACUGUACUUAAAAACAUCUUUAAUCCCUACAUAUAUCAUUUUUAAGUAUAGUAACUAAAAGGAAGAGUAUUUGUAACUAUAGUUACCAAGUGAUUAAUUAAACUCAUCUGUAUAGAGAAACUUAAUUCUGUAAAGGGGCUUAAAAGAGUUCAUGAUUUUCCAUACAGGGAUGAAAAAGUGAUACUUAAGGUGAGGGAUUCAUAAAAUUUUGAAUAUAGAUUCAUUAGGCUGGACCCCAAUAUUUAAUUUUGAUCUUGUUCACAAUGGGUCUUAGUCUUGCGAAAUUGUCUAUGUACAGAUAUACUUGUACACCACGAAACAUAAAGGGGAAGAACAGAGAAAAGGGUUGGCCAUUUUGUCAUCUUGAAUAUGAAAUUGAAGAUUAAUUUGUCCUCUACUUUUGUUACGAGAAGAAAAUAAUGUUCACUUGUUUGCCAAAAAUAUCCAUUAGUACGAAAGAUUUUGUUUAUUCUUUCCUAUAGGCCAAUUUAGUCCUUGUCUGCAUGAAGAUAUUAUAGCUAUUUGGUAAUGUACGAGUAUCACUUUUCAUGUCUCCGACCAAUCCUUGAUAUUUUUAGGUUUUCCAAAUA